AGGAGGUUCGGUGCAAGCGGGGAACCGUUAUAGGAUGCGGGAAAUGUUCGUGUUCGUGACUCGCGACUGCGAAGGUAUACCAUUUGGCAAUACAGCGGUGACAUGUAUUCCCAACCGAGAUGCAUGCCCAACCUACGCGUCAGGCAAGCCGAUGAUGGAUCGUGAGAGCGCCCGUUUGGAUUGAAGCAAUAUGGCUAUGAGAAUGGAAACAAGGGCAUCCUUAUGGGGUUUGAUAUCGGUUAUUGAGGAAGAUAUUCUGUAAACUUUCAACAGACGGGGAAGAUCACGCCUCACUCCUCUUCCCAGCAGUAUAAAGACAUCACGUAGUCCCUACCAAACUUCAAAAGCUGUCCUAUCACUAUCACAACAACCCUCAAACCACAUCUUCAGCUCUUCCACGCAGACCAACCUACCCAAAAUGUUCUCCUUCAACGCCAUCAUCGCCCUCAUGGGCCUCGCCGCACUCGUCAACGGCGCACCCACCGACAACACCGUCACCAAGCGCCUAGACGAUAUCAAGAACUGUUACUGCGGCAGGGACACCGGGUCCGCGCUCGUCAGCGGCCCGGCCUCCACCAAGAACGCUUGCCCCGAUUACGGCACCGUCGGCGGACCGUACCCUACCAAGUGCCAGAUCAUGAUUGAUAUCAACGAGCCUUUGUUCGUUGCCAAGUGCAAGGCACUUGGUCAGCCUACUGGAUGGUGCGAGAAAUAAGCGGGAUGAAGAAGGAGGGAAAGGGGAGAGAGUGGUGGUUGGAAUUUGCUGAUCUUGCUGGCUCAUGCAAACGAUCAACGUCUUGCUGUUCUACACCUAGAUGGUGUGCGUGUAUUAAAUGUAAUCAACUUGCAAGAGCUUCAUAUCGGACUCAACAUGCAAGACUCAAACAGAAUCAAGCUCAAUUUAACUCGGAGUCCCUUCUCUGAUUUGACAGAGUACCCAAGUGAUGGUUCAACCCCGGCAUCUCAAGCACAAAUCACAAGAUAGGUAAGAAACG